AUGUUCAACGCUCUUAAUCGAUUCAUAUCGCGCCUCGAUGGCGAGCCGGCGCCUUCAGCUAAGGAGAACCACGGGGCGUUUGGGUUUCAAGUGCUGCGCAACACCAACCUGCAGCUUGCGAUUGAGCCGUGGUUCGACUUUGUCGUUGGCAUCAACAGUCGCAUGAUCGACGACUCAGACCCCGUACUGUUUGCCCAAGAGGUGCGCAACUGCGCCGGCAGCACCGUCAUGCUGGGCAUCUGGAGCGCAAAGGGUCAAAGGACACGCGCCUUGCACAUCCCCGUCCCCGCCGACACCGCCUCGCUCGGCCUGACGCUUCAAUGGACACCCCUCUCAGUCGUUUCCAACAUCUGGCACGUCCUCGACGUGCCCGUCAACUCUCCCGCCGACGCCGCCGGCCUGCUCCCCUACAGCGACUACAUCCUGGGCACCCCCGAGGGCGUGCUGCACGGCGAGGGCGGCCUGAGCGAGCUCGUCGAGGACCACAUCGGUCGGCCCUUGCGGCUGUACGUCUACAACAACGAGUACAAUGUGACGCGCGAGGUGACGAUCCAGCCAAGCCGCGACUGGGGCGGCCAGGGUGCGCUGGGUUGUGUGCUAGGGUACGGGGCGCUGCACAGGUUGCCGGCGCCGCUGAGCGAGCCGGUGCAUGCUCCAGGGGAGACCAUGUUUGACGGGGACUCUGCGGCUGUCGCGGGUCAGGCUGGUUUUGUGCCGGCGGGGCGAGGUGCGGCGUCACCGACGAGUUUCGCCGGAGCAGCGGUUGGGACGCCGCCGCCGCCAUCAGCAUCAACAGAUAUCCUGGUGCCGGCCCAGAUGGUGGACGCGCAAGCCGCGCCGGUCGGUGCCCCUCCAAGGAGUAAAAAGAAGGAGAGAGCGCACCUUGGGGCGCCAAAUCUCAUGGACGACUAUUUCAAAGAGCAGGAGAAGAAGAGCCGAGAGCUUGACAAUGCGCCGGGUGGGAGGAAUUCGCCGUUGCCGCCACCACCCAAAGGACGGCCGCCGAAGGGAGGGCCACCUCAAGCUGGGAGCGUCCCACCCAAGGAGGCAGGGGUAGAGUAACUGUCCGGGGACUAGAAUGUCGUAGUUCAAAAACCCCUUGUCUCUAGCAGAAUUGCUUUCUGGAGGUUGCGCCGAUCAGGAAGCCUGCCAAGUCUUUAUACAGUCCUAGUGUAUGACAGGAACCAAGCAGACAAGCAGCCACGUAUCCCACCCUCCUCGGAAACCACCCUCCCGCAGCCAGCAUCCCCUAGUUGAUGAAAUUG